AUGAAAUAUAUUAAAGAAUUUGAUUAUGAAUUAAGACAUAUAAGUGGUAAAAAGAAUGAUAUAGCUGAUUUCUUAUCUCGUAAAUAUGAUAAUUUCCAAUGGGAUGAACCGGUUUUAAAUAAAAUUAAGGAAACAAUCGUCUCCGAUAGAGAUCUAAGAUUCCUUUCAGAAAUAUGGGAGAGAUGGGCAAAGACGAUGGAUUCUAAACUCAAGAUGACUGUGGCACACAGAGUACAAGCUGAUGAUCUAACUGAAAGAAUGAAUAGAGAAAUUAUUAGAAUAUUAACUAAAGCCUCAACAGAGUAUGGGGAGAAUUGGUCAGAUAUCAUUCCACUUAUUGAAUUUGCAAUGAACUCAUCAAUGAGCAAGUCUACAAAGAUGUCACCAUUCCAAAUCGUUUAUGGAUUCAAUCCACCAACUCCCGUUAAUCAUUUUAAUUCAUUAACAAAGACUCGUAUACCAAUGAGCAACAUCAAAAAGAUUGUCCGUGAUAAUACUAGAUGCUCAAAUCAAUGCUCAAAAGUACUACAACCGAGGUCAUGGUGA